AUGUGCUCUUCUGUCCCCAACGUUGGUAAACGCAAAGCCCUUCUCAUUGGCAUCGGCGAGCCCAACAGGCCCGGUCCGAGGAACGAUGCAUUGAAAGUGAAGAAACUGCUCAUGGACAAAUACAUGUACAAGAAGACUGACAUUGUGCUCAUGCAUGACAAGCAACGGAUAGGACGGCUUAUGCCAACCAAGGAUAACAUCCUACGGGAGAUUGACAAUCUUGUGAGGGAUUGUCAGCCAGGAGAUCGUUUCGUAUUCCAUUAUUCUGGCCAUACCGGACAAGAGAAGAAUCUAGAUGGUACGGAGGUCGAUGGCCUGGACGAGCUCAUCCAGACUACGACGGACCCAAUUCUUGACGAUGUCUUAAGGACAAGGCUAGUCGAUCCGCUACGCCCUGGCAGUCAGCUUGUCGCGAUAUUAGACUCGUGCCAUUCGGCAACCUUACUCGACCUACCACACGUGGAUUGCCAGUUAUCCAACACCAAAGAUGAGGCACCCAAGGAGUAUCCCCGUGUGGUAUUGGCUGACCUCAAACGGCCCCUAGGUCAGUGCAAGAACCGUCUCGUUCGCCAGCCGUCAUCGUCAAAGCAACCGAGAGCAAAGAAGCCGCGCCUCACGCUGGACACCAUCACACGAUCCCCGAGGCCAUCUUUCGCAUCAUCUGGCCCUCUCACUUCCAUUCCCCCCCAGACGCAAGCGUCAAGUUUCCUUUCACCGGUUGCAUUCAACGAUGGCGCGCCUGACUACAUCAAGGCCAAAGGAACCAUCGAUACAAGCAGUCCAUCCACCUCCAGCGUGGACUUCUACGAUACGGAAAAGUGCUGCAAUUGCCGUCUUACUCUGAAAGACGAAUCCCAGAAGGACAAACUAGAGCUGCCGCGAGUUUUGGCCAUUUCGUCAUGCAAGGAUUCUCAAGUCUCGUACGAGGACGGGAACCGAAUGACGAAGGUGCUAUGUAACUAUUUGAGAGCCAAUCCCAACCCUCCCCUCCACAGACUCUUCAAUGACAUAAGCUUCAGCCUCUUUAGUCCAGCGUACAAACGCGCGAAAUCCGAGAGCUGGGUCGAAUGGGCUCGGUCCCAAUGUCGAGGUGGUUCUCGGCCGAAUGCGUACCAACAUCCUUCGCUCUCGAGUCUCCAACGUCUGAACCCCAACCACAAGCUUAGUCUGUGA